GGUGGCGGCAAACUUUCGAUUUUGGCACGGCUAGUCUAAUUGGGCCGGUUGUUGGACGAGCAGGAGUUUCUCUCUUCGGUGUCAUUUGGUAUGAAUAUAUAACCUCAAAGACAGGAGAGAAUGAUGAACAGUAAGCGGGUGCAGUGUUUGACGGAUCCUCUACCUCAAGGCAAGAGAGCAAGACUAGAGGGUACCGUGGGUGCUGUGGGAACUUCAGGGCUUUCCAAAGCCAACAGCCUGCCUCAGUACUCCCAGAACAAGUCUUUACCCUACAGACACACCUAUAUGUCUUGUUCUCUCAGUGGACAAGAGACUUUAGAUCUUCCCUCACCAUGGAGCCCCUCUAGGAUUUUUGUGAGAAAUGGAGGGAGCCCUGUGGUUCAUGCUUCACCCACAGAGGGGUCAAUUACAAAUCCAGUCAUUUACAGGCCUGAAAAUGUGAAUUUCCCUGAUGACAAUGGCUCUCCAACUGUAGCAGAGGAAGAGGUAGUGAAGCAGAAACUUUCCUACUGUACUAGAAGUCAGAGUAAGCACAGCCCUAAUAGUGAGGGAUUAAGGUCCCCUGUUCAUUUCAGGAAAAUCCCUAUAGGCUUCACAAGCUUAUCCCCCUCAACAGCAGAAAAAUCUGGUGGCCUUGCUAUUCCAAAACCAGUGUAUGGACAUAGUCCUUGUUGUGCUGGCCAAAAGUGCACAGUAGGUCACAGCUACACUAUGGACCAAGGGUUGCAAAAGAUGCCCCCACAAAUGUUUGAGGAUGAACGGAUGACAUAUUAUGGUCACUGGGCAUGCAUGCAUAAAAAGGAGUCAGAAGCCUUGAUGCAGCAGGGAUUAUUGCCUUUUGAUAACUGUGGAGAGACGAUACCAUUAAAAGAUGCAACCACAGAAGAUUACCAUGGUCUCAGCCCAAGCAAACCUCAACGGGUUUCUGCUUUUUCUGAUCCACGCCAGAGCAACUAUAUGUAUGACCAUGUUCACCCGUUUGUCCGCUCUUCACCUGAUCACUGCCAGCGUUUCCAGAUGCCCAGACAGGCACGUAAGGAUCUGGCUCCUGUGUAUGAGCCAGUGCCUGGGAUGCAAUAUGGAACGCACCUGCAGGUUUAUCAAGACUGUCCUCACACAUCUAAGUAUAGAGAUAUACCUCAACAUUCCUUGCUUUAUUGUUCAAAGAAUAACAUUGAUGUUUACAGAUCUGAGACUUUUCAGCAAUCACCUGGGCAGCGCCCUUUUCUUCAACCUUUCUUUAGGGAUUUCAAGAAUCCCUACACUGUGGUCCCACCUGGCCACCCAGUUGUCAGGACCAUACCUGCUUAUCCUGCUUAUAGUACACACUUAAAUACUAGACACAUGAACCCAUUCAAUAAGAGACCAUUUUGUCCUCCUGUCAUGCAGCAGGUAGAACAACCCCUGGACUUUUCCAUGCGGCGAGAGCAGAAUGAGAACUCCAACCAGGAACAACCUCCUCAAGGACAGCUUGGAAUUAAAGGGACUUUCCAUCAAACUGAGCCCCAAACCCACUAUAUGGUUUCAAAUGAAUUGCAUCUUGAAAAUUCAUCCCCAGACAGCCCAUGCCAGGGACAAGAUCGUUGUAUUUUUAAUAGUCACAAUUAUACAGCCUCUCCCACAUUCACUGGUGAUGUAUUCAGUAAAAAGCAGAGUUCAUGUUUUUCAGACAAACCAGGUAAUGGUGCUGUCCUAUCUAAAAAGCACAGGGUGGAAACUGACAAAAGCUAUGAAAAUUAUCCUUUGGUUAAACUUCAAACGAUACACCAACUGAAAGCUAAUGAGACUAAGCACCCGCCUUCCCCUCCAAUGCCAGUAAUUAACAAAGUCUUUAGUCUGGCCCCUUACAAAGCAUACUUAGAAUCUAAAGGUGUAUUGUUGCCUGCACAAGAUCCCAGUUGUCCAACGCUGUCACCUGACUCAAAGCCACCAAAAGUCGAUCCAGAAGCACAAAACACGGAUCCAAAAAUAAAUGUAGCCAAAGGUGUCUUUAAAUUGAAAGUCAAAACUGAGAAAAUAAAGCCUGAUGAAAAGGCAUGCCAGUCAGAAAAAGAGAGCCACAGUCCUGUGAUUAGACAAAACAACCAUAAUAUAAAUGUUAAAGAGGAACAGGACAAGUUAGAAUCAACAGAAGGUGACACCGAACACAACCUAGUUAUAAAGAGUGGCUUUUAUUCCGGUUCAAAGUCAGUCACAGUUGAGAUGCCAGAACGACCCCUUGGAUGCACUAUUGCGUGUAGUACGGCUGAUGGAGCUGCCCUGCCAAAUCAAAACGGUGACAAAAAACGAUCUGAUUUUCCAGCCCCUUUGUCUUCCAAACCCCUAAUUCCAACUCGGACGAAUCAGGCUACAUUUUCCCUCAAUAAAAUCCCCCCUCAUUGCCUUAAACUGACUAGCUUUAAAAUAAUUUUGCCUGAUGUCUUUAAAAGUCCUACGUCUCCAGUCCCUGAGGUUCUUCAGUCUCCUGUUGAGAAUAAAGUAGCCAUAAGCAGUAGACAGGCCCGGUAUCAGUUCAUGGAACUUCACCAGUCACUCUGCAGGCUUGUAUCAGGCUGCAUUUCUCAAACCUCACAUUGUGAGCUCAGGAACUGGUUAUCCAGGUUGGACCUGGAUGAGUCUGCUUCUUCUCCAGCUAAAACCCAAAAAGUCUCAUGCCUCCUUGGCUCCAAGGCUAGGGAUGUCUGGAUGAAAGAUGAAGAGACAGUGAGGGCACUCCAGAGAGUUCUUUACCAGCUUGAGAGCUAUGUCAAAAUUCAAGAAUGCCCCUUUCCUCAUGUCAUCAGAGCAGGGGCUGUGUUCAUCCCCAUGCUGAUGGUGAAAGAGUUGCUAUUUCCUCAGGUCCAGGGCAGAUUUAUAGACCAGGUUCUACAAGAGCAUCGAGUUGAGUUGCGGCCAGCUACACUGUCAGAGGAGAGACAGCUGACUCAGCUCCACAAACGGGCUUUUUCUUCUAAACUAAGGAGGCUCCUAUCCCUCAAACACCUGCCAGAUAUCUAUCCAGAUGUCCUCAACCUUCUCUACUAUGAAGGUGUCUGCAAAGUCCUUGGUGAGUUGAUAAUUUUCUGA